AUGCUUCCGCACGAAUCCAUUGGACUGCAAAAUAUUCAAGCACUGGGAGAGGACGCCCGCCGUGCAUGCGCCUUCCGCAACAUCUUCCUCAUUCAACCCUCCGCAGACAAGGCAUCAACUGACAUGCCCUAUGAACACGAAAUGGUCGUUUUGGACCUUGGUAACUCGCACACCUACCCGCUCGUUGUCGGCUGCAGUCUAGCAAGCUCAGGACCUGUUGAAGUCUCCAUGACCCACGACCCUGCCGUGCUAGACUCGCACCAGACACGUUGGUUGAUGAUGCAAUUUGCUCAUCUGGUCAAGCAGUUAUGCCGCGAUGAAUGCCAGGAGUUGCCCAUCUCAGACCUCAGUUUCCUCAGUCCAGACGAUGCAGCGCAAAUUUCAGCCUGGAAUGCGCCACUCGAUAUUGACAGACACGUGAACUGCACAAUCCAUCAACUCGUGCACGAGACUGUCCAGAAACUGCCGGACGCUCCCGCCAUCUCUGCGUGGGACGGCGAAAUGACAUACCGCGAAUUAGAUGAGUGGUCAGACGUCCUGGCUUCAUUCCUACUGGCUAAGGGUGUGCGCGUGGAAGACACUGUGGCGUUGUGUUUCGAGAAGUCGAAAUGGUAUCCUGUCUGCGUUCUCGGUGUUCUCAAGGCAGGAGGGGCGUUAGUACCCCUAGAUAUAAAGCAGCCACGUACUCGCCUUGAGGUCAUCGUGGAAGAAGUGAGACCGAAGCUCCUACUCGCCUCGCCAAUUCAAGCAACUCGCCUCGAUGGCCUUGUCAGUGCCACUACCAUUGUUACCUCGUCUUUCUUGCAAGACGUCCGCGCUCUCAUCGAUGACGAACAGCGGCAGCGACUCACUGGAGUCAAAGUGCAACCGCAAAAUCUUUGUUUCGUCUUUUUCACAUCUGGAAGCACUGGCAAACCAAAAGGAAUCUUACUGGAGCAUGGUCCAUUCUGCUACAGUUCCCAACAAUUUGCCAAGUGGGUGCGCAUGAACCAGACCGACCGUGUGUUACAAUUUUCGAACCAUGUCUUCGAUAUUUCAUUGACCGAAAUUCUGUCUACACUCCUUGUUGGCGGCUGCAUCUGUAUCCCUUCAGAAGAAGCCCGUGUAGACAAUCUUGCUGGCUUUAUCGGUUCUGCCAGUGUCAGCGCCCUCUAUCUUACUCCGUCAGUGGCUUCAACACUUGAUCCUCGAAGCCUCCCUUCAGUGAAGAAACUUGCUCUUGGAGGAGAACAUGCUACACGGAAGCUGGUAGAAGACUGGGCACCACGCUCACAAUUGACAAUUGGCUACGGCCCAGCAGAGUGCUCAGUCUGGAUGGCUGGCAAUGUGGGAGUCUCUGCAGAGGCCAGCCCCUCCAACAUUGGCCGCAGCAACUCAUCUCUGGUCUGGAUUGUGGAUGUCUCUGACAGUAACCGCCUUGCACCUCUGGGCGUGGUAGGCGAGAUGCUCAUAGAAGGGCCAAUUCUGGCACGUGGGUACACAACCAGCGCUCUCACACAAAGCGCCUUCAUCUUUCCUGCAUUCGCCAAUAAGGGGAACGUUGCUCCCAGACGCAUGUACAAGACAGGUGAUCUUGCCAAGUACAACUCAGAUGGAACCCUCCACAUCGUCGGCCGAAAGGAUGCCCAAGUCAAGAUCCGUGGCCAAAGGGUCGAACUUGAAGAUGUUGAGCACCACAUGCGAAAGGUAGCAUCAUCUACGGAUUAUUGUCUUGCCGCUGAGGUCAUCCGUCCAGGCGGGGGCGAUGAUUCGCUCCUUCUGGUGGGUUUCAUCGAGACCGGCGAAGUCGACGUGGCGAGCAUCAUCGACCAGAUCGAUCAAGAGAUGCCAGACUGGGUACCCGUAUACAUGGUCCCGUCAAGAAUAUUCCCCAUUAAAGAGCUUCCACGGCUCAUCAACGGUAAGCUCAACCGGAGAGAGUUGCGGCAGAUUGGAACUCGCAUGUAUCGGGAGCAAGGAGGUGCGGUGGCCAAAUCAACAUCGAGUCGCGCCCCUGAAACCGAGGCUGAGAAGGUUCUUGCGGAGAUGUGGGCUGAGGUACUGGGCUUUGGUGACGCCAUCGGGGCUGAAGACCAUUUCGUCAGACUCGGUGGUGACUCAGUCAAAGCCAUGAGACUAUCUGGCGCUGCACGAAAGCAAGGAUUCACUCUUGCUGUCUCCAGUAUUAUGACGAAGCCGAGGCUUUCCCACAUGGCAUCAGAAAUGAAGGCUACAGAUGGGAGAGAAAUCGCAGAAAUCGCAGCCUUCUCCUUGGUCAAACAUAGUGGCAGCGCAGCCAACUUCCGCGCUAACUUGGCGAGAGAGACAGGAAUAACAGCCGAGCUCAUCGAGGAUGCCUACCCCUGCACAUCUUUGCAACAAGGUCUUUUCACUACUUCUUUGAGGUAUUCUGGUGCCUACGUUGCGCGAUGGAUUGUAGACUUCGGUUCGCAGGUUAACAUUAAUCGAUGGAAGGACGCGUGGCACUCCGUCAUAGAGGCGCAUCCCAUCCUGCGGACCAGAAUUGUCCAGCCGGAAGGACUUGGCCUGACCCAGGUCGUAAUCAGCCCGGAGCAGAAGGUCGACUGGCACGUUGCUCAGGAGUUGAAUGGCUACAUCACGCAAGACCGCGAAGCUCCAAUGGGACUGGGGGAUCCGCUCGUUAGAUUUGGCAUCGUGGCAGACAAGUCCUUUGUAUUCACUGCGCACCAUGCGAUAUACGACGCAGUUUCGCUACGCUUGCUGGCAAAUGCUGUCGCAACGGCCUAUCAUGGCAGUCCCGUGCCCAGACCCCCGCCCUACAAUCGCUUCAUCAAAUGGCUAUCCAGCCUCGACGCCGCCGCCUCUAAAACAUUCUGGACCUCUUAUCUUGAAGGUGCCUCAGCACCCACAUUCCCGCAGGAUGCUCCCCCAACUCAUACCCUCAAUGCGAACAGCGUUGUAGAACGCGAUUUCUCCUUGCAGAGGCAACACAUCUCCAGUUUCACGACCGCCACACUCCUUCAGACAGCUUGGGCAAUCCUGCUUGGUCGAUAUGGCGAAUCACGAGAUGUCAUCUUCGGUGUCACCCAGUCAGGCCGCUCUGCUCCGUUACCCCAGAUUGAAAAAAUGACCGGCCCCACGGUCACUACCGUGCCUGUGCGUGUCCAGCUGUCUGAUGGUGCACAAACAGUAGCCGAGGUGCUCCAACGCGUCCAGGAUGCAAGCACACAGAUGAUUGCGCACCAGUACGCUGGCCUACAGAAAAUUCGCCGUAUAUCCUCCCACGCAAAAGCGGCAUGUGAGUUUCGUACCUUGAUUCAACUCCAUGCAAUAGAGGAUGAAGAAGAUGGCAAUCGAACGACCCCCAAACAAGACCCACUCGAUUUUUUGAACAGUGGACACAAUGACGACGACGUUGGUAGCUUCCACGUCUAUCCGCUCGCGGUCACAUGCACCUUCACCGAAAAGGAAAUUCACGUGCAGGCCGUUCACGAUCCUGUCCUUCUGCCGCCCUUCCAGAUGCAGCGGAUGCUGGGGCAGCUCGAACACAUUCUCUGCCAAUUGUCCAGCGCGGAUUCAACCAUGGCGCUUCGAGACGUUGAUCUAGUCAGCAAAGAUGACCGUACCCUAUUGCGCCUGUGGAACUCUACUAAACCCGCUGUCGUGGAGAAAUGCCUGCACACCUUGUUCGAAGAGCGAGUCGCAAUGGAUCCAAAGCGUGCCGCGCUCCGCACGACCUCCGGUACCUUGACCUAUGCGGAAGUGGAGAGAUUUGCCAACCGCGUAGCACAUACACUGCGCCAACAGGUUCAGGGCAGCGGACAAACCUUCAUUCCCAUGUGUUCGGAAAAGUCCGUUUGGGCCGUGAUAGGCAUGCUCGGCAUUCUCAAGGCUGGAUAUGCAUUCAUCUUGAUGGAUCCAAGUCAACCUGAGAAGCGUCUACGCCAGAUUUUAGAAACGGUAGGAGCCAAGGUUGCUUUGGUUUCGUCAUCAGCGGCACCGAAAUUAUCCUCUUUAAUCGACUCCACUAUCACAGUUGAUACCUCAACAGUUGAGGCAAUGGAGGACUCAGGAGAGCAGAGUAGCAGCGAUGCACAUACUCCCGCAUACGCACUGUUCACGUCUGGUAGCACAGGCGAACCCAAGGGCUGUGUGAUCGAGCAUUGCAGUUUUGCAUCCUCAGCAUAUGGGCAUACCGCCGCCUUCCAAAUCGAUGCCGACACUUGCGCUCUCCAAUUUGCCUCGUACACCUACGGCGCGGCACUUAUCGAGACCUUGACAGUGCUCCUCGCAGGCGGCUGUGUAUGCAUCAUUUCUGAGGAAGAACGUGCAACUAAUCUCGUCGAAUGCAUCAAUAAACUAGAGGUCAAUUGGGCUGUUCUGACGCGGUCAUCACUCGGUCUUCUAGGCGGCCCAGAGCGCGUCCCCAAGCUACAAACGCUCGUCACUGCUGGUGAACCUCUUUCCGCCGACGCCGUAGCGAAAUGGGCUUCCAAGCUCUCUCUUCUGCAAGGCUACGGCCAGGCGGAGGCGUCAGUUGUCUCGACGCUAACGAAACCGAUGGCGCCUGGAUCGAGCCCAAGAAACAUUGGUAGCUGCGUCUCCGGUCAUGCUUGGGUCGUGGAGCCCGACAAUCAUGAGAAGCUCUGUCCCAUUGGCGCUGUCGGCGAAUUGCUGAUCGAAGGACCACAUGUGGGCUCUGGGUAUAUCAACAAGCCGGAAAUCACAGCCACGGUCUUCGUCGAAAAGCCAUCCUGGUUUAACUCUAUGGAUUCUGCCGAAGUCUGGUCCCGGGCGCAGCGAUUGUAUAGGACUGGCGACAUGGUUCGCUGGUGCCCCGACGGGACGCUAGAGUACGUGGGCCGCCGGGACACGCAGAUCAAGAUCAACGGCCAGCGCGUGGAGCUGGGUGAGAUUGAGAGCCUGCUGCGCAACCUGCUGGCUGGUCAGGGUGUCAACAGCGUCGCGGUGGACGUCGUGCAGCAUGAAUAUGGCAGUGACAAGAAGACAGGCAGCCUAGCUGCUUUCUUAACCUUUGGCAACAGCUCCAGCCUAGUUGAAAGUCAGCAGAUGCUAGACAAGGCGACCCAGGGUUUGUUGGAGAAGCUCUCGCGGGUUUUGCCCCGCUUCAUGGUACCCAGCCUCUUCUUGCCUUUGCAGGAACUGCCUCUCACUGCGUCGGGGAAGAUUGACCGUACAGCACUACGUAAAAUUGGUGCCGAGCUCAGACGGCGUCAACAUUGUCACGCCAGAGGAGAAAAGGCUCGGUUCAGCGACAUGGAGCGCCGACUCAUAGCUCUGUGGUCGGCUGCACUCGAGACUGAAGAUGAACUGACCGUCGACAGCAAUUUCGUGGAACUCGGCGGCGAUUCUCUCGAUGCGAUGAUGCUGGUUUCUUCUGCGCGGCGCGACGGCAUCGAACUCAGUGUAGCAGACAUAUUCAAGCACCCCAGACUCGCAGCCAUGGCGCUCGCCGCGAAGACCGUGGAGAGCGACGUUUGGGAUCAGCCGGCGCCGUUCUCGCUUGUGGCAGGAGACUCGUCUGCAACUAUUAUCGAGGCAGCCAAAGCCUGUGGCAUUGAAGUAGAGGCCGUGGAAGACGUAUACCCUUGCACUCCCCUUCAAGAGGGGUUGAUGGCGCUUUCAAACGUCGAACAAGGAGCUUAUCUCGCGCAGCAUGUUGUUUCGGUGUCUCCCAAGGCGGAUUUGGACCGAAUGAAAGCUGCAUGGGCGCAGGUUGUGCAGAAAACGCCUGCGCUGCGCACCCGUAUCAUCCAGACGACUACGGACGGACAUAUGCUGCAAGUUGUUGUCAAGGAGCCGUUGGUCUGGGCUUCUGGGGACAACCUGCAAGCCUACAUAAAGACAAAGAGAGUGACGCCAAUGUCACUGGGCGACCGCCUCAGUGAGCACGCUAUCAUCGUUUCUGGUGGAGAGACGCUUAUGGCAUGGGUAUGCCACCACGCCAUCUUCGAUCGCUGGGCCUGGAAAGUCAUAAUGAAGAGAUUAGAGGAUAUUUAUAAUGGACUUGACUGGGCCCCAUUACCUCCUUAUAACCGGUUCAUCCAGCAUCUCCAGGAACUGGACAUGGACGCUGCUAAGAAAUUCUGGACAGAUUACCUUGAGGGUGCGGAGAAGACAGCUUUCCCUUCGUGGCCCUCGUCUGUUCGCACGCCACAGCCCAUCGAUCUUGCGGAGCACCACAUAUCCGUCUCUCGAAUCACUGAGACCAGCCAAUCUGUCACGAUUUCUAGCGUGCUGCAGGCGGCAUGGGCAUUGCUCGUCUCUCAGUACGCCGAGACCGAGGACCCUGUGAUUGGGUUGACGCUCUCUGGAAGAAUUGCACCCGUUGCGGGCAUCCAGGAGAUGGCCGGCCCAACUAUUGUCACCAUCCCACUCCGCUUCCGAAUCGAGCGUACGCAAAAGGCCAGUGAGCUUUUCAUUCAUGCUCAAGAUAUGGCUCUCAAGACGGCGUCGACACAGCAUAUUGGCCUACAACAUAUCCAACAACUCAGCCCAAGUGCACGCGCCGCUUGCACUUUUGACAGCCUGCUUUUAAUUCAACCGCAGGUAAAGGGCGACGACCUCGUUGACAGCCCAUUCCUGCAUGGUGCCGAACCCGAAUUGUUCUCUUCAUUCAAUAGCUAUGGCUUGAUUCUCCAUUGCGAGCUCCUCGCUGGUGGAAUCCACGUCCGGGCUUUGUUCGAUCCCCUUAUCAUCGAGCCUUUACAGGUGCAACGCAUGCUGUACCAACUGGACCAUGUCAUGCAACAGCUUUGCAACAAAAAGGACCUACUCAUUGCGGACAUUGACUUCACUAGCACACAAGACAAACAGGAUAUUCGUCGCUGGGGCUGUUCCACCGGAUUUGACGACUCCUGCAUCCACACCCUCAUCGAACGGCAGGCUGCGGUCCGCCCUAACGCUCCUGCAAUCUGCUCAUGGGACGGAGAGCUAUCCUAUAACGAGCUUGAUACACUAGCCUCCGGCCUUGCCACAUACUUGCGACGGCAGCUCAGCUCCACGUCCCAAACAGUAGUGCCACUCUAUUUUGAGAAAUCCAUGUGGACACAGGUCGCCAUGUUGGGCGUACUCAAAGCCGGGUAUACCUUCGUCAUGCUCGAUCCAGCUCACCCGAUGAACAGAAUUCGGCUGAUAUGCGCCAAGGUUAACGCCCAUCUCGCCAUUGUCUCCAGAGGCUUCUCCAAGCGCUUGUUAAAUGUGGUUGACGAUCUCAUCGUCCUUGACCUUGACUUGGUGGACAAGCUGCCUACUGGAGGCGCUCCCAACAUUGCCACAAGCACUAGAGACGCCGCUUAUGUUAUUUUCACGUCGGGUAGCUCAGGUGAACCCAAGGGCGUGAUCGUUGAACACAGGUCAUUUGCAGCCGCGGCGCGCGGUAUGGCUGCCCGCGUUUCCAUCAAUGCCGAAACACGCGCUCUUCAGUUCGCGUCGUACAGCUUCGGUGCCGCAUUGAUGGAGAUAAUGGUCACGCUGAUUAUGGGUGGCUGUGUGUGCGUCCUUUCCGACGAAGAGCGCAUGGAUGCCGUCUCUCAGGCCAUGAACGAGAGGCGCGUGAACUGGGCGUUCUUCACACCGUCCUUCUCAGGGAUCCUGAGCCCCGCUAUUGUUCCUUCGCUGAAGACGCUCACUCUUGGCGGGGAAGCCGUCAACCAGGCACAAUUGCGCAUAUGGGCCGACCGUGUCAAUCUCUUCACACUGUAUGGCUCCGCCGAACAGAGCGUCAUUUCUCACGGCUCGCAGCGUCUGUCUGUCCACAGCAACAGCAACGAGAUCGGUUCGCCAUUUGCCGGUAAUCGGGCUUGGAUCGUUGACGCGAAAAAUGGUAGUAGACUAGUACCAGUUGGCGCUGUUGGAGAACUGGUGGUGGAGGGUCCGAUUGUGGCACGCGAAUACAUGCACGAUCCGGAUAAGACGGGCGCUGCCUUUCCUGCUAGCUUCCCUUGGCGAUCGGGCUUCCCAGGAAGAACCGAACGAUUUUAUAAGACAGGUGACUUGGUCAAGUACGGCCCCAAAGGCGAGAUUCUCUACAUUGGACGCCGCGACGGACAGGUCAAGCUUCGCGGCCAGAGAAUCGAGCUCGGCGAGAUCGAGUACCAUCUCAAGCGUUUUGUAGCAUCGUCAGUUUCUGCUCUGAGCGUCGAGAUUGUGGUACCUCAGGGCGAGAAGCCUGACAAAGCGGCGCUGGCGGCCUUCAUUGCUCUAGGUGCGGACUACGAGGGCGAGGGCGAGGCUAACAUCGACAUUCUCAGUUCUACAAAUAGGAAAACCCUCGCUGCCAGACUUGGCGAAGUCGAGAGAAAGCUCGCCGAAGUGCUGCCAUCUCACAUGGUUCCGCGCAUCUUCCUCCCGUUGCGCAAAAUUCCUCUCACUGUGUCAGGCAAGGUGAACCGAAAAGCCCUGCGGGAAAUGGGCGCCCGGAUACCAGCUGCGCAGUUCGCAGAGCUCUCUCUUACAGCCUCGGCGAAGCGCACGCCGUCCACUCCCAUGGAGAAGACGCUUCAGACACUUUGGAGCCAAAUUUUGUCCCUGGCUCCUUCAGACAUCAGCGCCGAUGAUACGUUCUUCGAUCUUGGCGGCGACUCCCUCAGCGCCAUGCGUCUGUCUACGGUAGCGCGGGAAGCAGGCCUCACCCUCCGUGUUGCUGACGUCUUUGCAGGGCGUGUGCUCUCCGAGAUAGCGGAGAAGUGUUGCAAGGAGCAGGAGAACAAAAUGGUCUACAGGCCCUUCUCGACUCUGCACGAUACGGGCGACUUGGAUGCCUUGAUCCGAGAGCACAUUGCGCCGCGCGCCAAUGUUCAUCCGUUGGAGAUUGAGGACGUGGCGAGGGCGACGGAUUUGCAAACGCGGAUGGUUGCCGCUUCGCAACUAAAGAAGCGGUAUACCGUUUACUACGUAACACUGGAUCUUUUGGGUGAACUUGAUACGGUGAUGUUGAAGGAGGCAUGCAAGAAAAUUGUUGCGCACUACCCAAUCCUCCGCACUGUUUUCGUAUACUACAAGCGGCAAUUACUCCAAGCCGUCAUCCGCUCUCCAACCGUCGAUUUCGAAGAGCACACCGUAAACGCAGACAUAGAGGGCGCCAGCGGCGACUACGUCACCCGCGACCGACAGCGCGCUUCUCCUCCCACCCAACAAGGCGUUCGCUUCGCCUUGCUCAAGUCUAAUAAAGCAAGCCGCCUCUUAAUCCGCCUCCCUCACGCUCAGUACGACGCCAUCUCGCUCCCAAUUAUACUCUCCGCCCUGCGGACCUCGUACGCUCAACCGCACACUCCCCUCUUACCCUCCCCGUCUUUCGCCGCCUUCCUCCACGCUGAUCAAUCCGCCCAAGCUGCCGCGGCGCAGUUCUGGCAAGCAGAGCUCUCCGGCGCCCGUAUGACCAACAUCAUCGCCUACCCAGAAGCAGGUGAAGACAGUGACCCCAUCGAGCCUACGCACCCGCUCUCGUCAACGCUCACCCGCUACGUCUCCACGCCGCAGCCAGCCAACAACCGCGCGAACAACCACGCCUUCACAACCGUCCUGAAGGCCGCGUGGGCCGCGACGCUGGCCUCAGUGUCAUCAUCAUUGACACGCACUAGCGACGAGAAAGAGGUAGAUAACGACGCAAUCGUCUUUGGUGAGACGCUGGCGAACCGUGCGGUUCCGCUCGAUGGCGUCGACGCUGUCGUCGGGCCGUGCCUGACUACAGUGCCGGUCCUGGUGCGUCGCAGAGUGCUCAGUAUGAGCAAUGCGGACCUCUUGACUGCCGUUGCGAAGCAGGGACGUGAGACGGUGGCGUAUCGUGGUGUGAGAUUCGCGGAUUUGGGACUGCCGGGAGGAGCCAAGCGGUUCAGCUCGACAGUGGCGCAUAUGGAGUUGGAUGCGGUGAAGAUGUUCGAAGACGAAGGCGGCGCGCUGAAAGGGGACUUCGGUCACGGGGUGAAGUGUACGAAGGUUGGCUGGGUAGGUGAGGCGUGGGAUUCAGCGGAUGUGGCAAUCGAGACGGCAACAGUGGUAGCUAGUGGAAGGGAAGGUGGUGCCGGAGUGAGGGUGGCACUGCAUUUUUGCGAUGAGGUGGUGCCGACGAGGGUAGCAGAGGUGAUGGUGGAUAGGUUGUGCGAGUAUCUUGGGGUGCUGUGGGGAUGUGCUGGCGAUGUUAAGUUCCAUCUAUUGAAGGAGCUCCCUGCGGUAAGGAUUCCACUCCCUGCAUUAGUAGCAGCUUUUUAG